AUGUUCAAUAUAUUCGUAGCGUUGUUGUCGGCGUCUGUCCUUUGCUUUUGUCACGGUUUGCCGGCAAGCGUGAGCGAAGCGCACAGCUCCGCCUCCCAGAAGCUGCAUUUGUACAUCAAGAACUCGACCGAAGGAGUCAAUUACCAGCUGUCACCAAUAAUAUCGCAGCUCCGUAAUACAAACGAGGAGGUCGAAUUUGGACGUAAUGCUAUACUACCAUUUCUAAGUUUUCUGUUCGAUACAUUGGGCGACAUCGAAAAUGAAUUGAGUGACUGCCUUGACGACAUGGUGAUACAGUUGAUACCAGACGACCCCUCCGAUCCUGGUUUCCCGAACAUACCGACAGAACCAAGCGUACCGAUUGGACCAAUAGUACCAGCCGAUAUUGCUGCCAGUGAAAAUAAACCUAAG